UUGAUCUCAACGAGUCCUGCACUGUCAUAUUUCCAAUUUUGCUGCAACCAAAGUUCUAGUAUUUGCGUGCACUGAUGGCCUCUUCUGCUUCAGAGGCCUUGGAGGCUUUAGUCGCCUGCGCUGAAGCUAUUCAAGACCGGAAUCUGAAACUUGCCGAUUCACUCCUGGAGCGGAUCUGGAAUCUUGCUGCCGACCUGCGAAAAAGCGAUGUUGUGAAAUUCUUUGCGGAAGCUCUGGUUCGCCGAGCUUACGGACUUUCUUCUCCCAGUGCCUAUUUCACUUUGCUGACUCCUCCAGCCUUGACUCCGCUUUAUUUUUUACCCUUUGAUGCCAUCAAGACUACUGCCUGCAUGGGAAAGAAGCGAUUUCACCUCAUUACCUUCUGCUUACCUUUAGAUUUAUCGGAUUGCUUGUUUGGAUCACUAUAUACUGCUUCCGGUGAUUCUCUAUCAGUCCGUAUAAGUGUCAUAGUAUCACCAUUUCUGGAAAAAAUAGGAAAAAUCUAUCAAGAAAAAAGCAAGCAGGAUCUCACCGCGAAGGCCUUGAGACUUGGAAUUAAGUUGGAGGACUUGAGAGUGGUUUAUGCCAAUAGUUUGGGUGAUGUGGAUGCGUCUAAGUCGGAUUUCACAAGGACAAAGGAUGAGACCGUAAUCGUCUAUUAUCAGGGUAAACUUCACCAGUUGCUGGCAGAUGCAAGAGCAAUGGAGAGAGAGUUGUUAAAGUUGAGGCAGAUAAACCCAGAGAUUGUGAUUAUAGAAGAGCAACAUGCUGACCAUAAUGACCCCAAUUUCAUCAAACGGUUGCAGGAAUCUUUUCAAUAUUGCGGCCCUUUGUAUUCCUCUCACUGUAUGAGAUGUCAUCGUAGACGACAGAUAGGUAACAUAGUGGAAUGUGAAGGGAGAGACCGACUUGAGCGACACCAGACUUGGGCCCAAUGGCGAUCCCUCUUGCUAGCGAAUGGCCUUCUUCAAGUUCCACUCCGGCCGCAUACCCCGUGUUUCCUAUAUGAGGAUAAUGGGUGUUUGGUUUUUCGACGCUGGGUCGAUGGCCCAAUAUCUUUCAUAUCGGCUUGGAAACACAGAGAUGCGGUGGACCACUUCAAUCCAAUCAGCUAUAACCGUGUCCAAGGUUUCAAUCCAAAUCCUGCAUCAGAAGACACAGUCCGACCUUUACAAGUUGACCCGCUGGCUUCCUCAUUGAACCGAUUGGCUGGCUUUGCUGAGAUAUAUGACAUGUUAGAAGAUGUAUGUUUGAAAUAUGAGCUUCCAUUGGCUUUAACAUGGGUGAAGCGAACCCCGAAUAGAAGCAUGUCAAGUCCAAACGAGAAACAUUUUCUAUCCAUUGAAACUACUUGCUCUUAUAUUAAUUAUUAUCGUUAUUAUUAUUAUAACGAAAUUAUUUCGAAAGGGUCUUUCGUGGAACGAUGUGCAAAACGUAAUCUUCUAGAAAGGCAAGCUAUUGCUGGACAAGCGCUUCAAUCAAAGGAGCCCUUCCUUUUUGAACCAAAUAUUACUCGGCUCAGAGACUAUCCAUUUGCUCAGGAUGCACUGGAUUCAGGCUUAGAAGCGGUCCUUGCGAUCUGUCUAGUAAACCGUUAUGAUUCUGGUGAUGUUUAUAUACUAGAAUUCUUUUUGCCCCCAUUUAAGGAAAUAUUUGAGGAACCAAAAUCCUUGGCACUUCGUAUAUUCGAAGACGUGAAAAAUAUGAAGAAAAAGUUUGUAAAGCUAAGAGUUGAUGGCACCGAAGUCGGUUUGCAGGAAGAAGCCAUUCCAAACAUUCCGCGGGCGGCAAUGCCUAUGAGGAGCUCUCCACCAGCUUCAUCUAACGCCCAAUUUUUAAAUUCCAACGCUCUCCACCAGUUCACGGUUCCAGGGGAUGAUUAUGCAGUACUGGAAAUACAAGGGCUUAAUGAGCAGGAAAGUGGAAAACAAACUUUUCUUGAACCAAUUGAGAAUGAGAAAGUAAAAGCAUAUGUAAAUGACUUAUCUAUCUCAAGUGCUAAAGGAAGAAAGUUGAGAUCUGAUGUUUGGGAUGAAUUUACCAAGGAAAAAUAUGGCGAUGGGAAAGAAUGUGCUAAAUGUUCACAUUGUGGUAGAGAGUUUGAUGGUUCAAGUAGGAAAGGAACUUCGCACCUAAGAAAUCACUUGGAACAUUGUAAAAGCAAAAGAAUCAAAAUUGGAGACAAACAAGGUAAUUCUUCCAAAGUUGAAGAUCAACAAGGUAAUUCUUCAUUUGAUCAUGAUAGGAGUCGCAUGGAUGUUGCAAGAAUGAUUAUUAAGCAUCAGUGCCCAUUGAAUAUAGUUGAGGAUGAAUAUUUCAGCACUCUUUUGAAAAAUUUGCAACCAAGGUUCAAACUUCAAUCGCAAGAAAUUCUAUCAUCUGACAUAUUUCGUGUCUAUAAAGCAGAAAAGGAUAGACUCCUUGAAUAUUUUGAUAAGCUCUCUUGUCGUUUUAAUUUGACAAUCAGUUUGUGGGCAAAUGAUCUUGAAAAGAUUACUCAUUGUUAUUUUACUGUCCAAUUUAUUGAUGACAAUUGGGAAUUGAAGAAGAAAGUUCUUGCCUUGAAAAAUUUAGGGUCUGAAUUUGACACAAGGAUUUUCCUUGAAAAUUUCAAGAGAUUGCUUAGGGACUGGAAUUUUAACGUGAAAGUUUGCUCCUUAAUCAUACAUAAUUCGUCCUCAAAUUUGGAGAUAGCUGAAGAGAUAAGAAAAGCCUGGCUCUGUUUCCAAGCUUCACAUCCUUUGAGCACAUUUUACAUCAGAUGUGAUGGGUGCAUUAAUGGUCUCCUUGCUAAGGAUCAACCAGGUGGCAUGCUUCAAGAUGUCGGAAAAUCUAUUGAUGGUGCCGUCAAAACUUCAAGUUCAUGUUUGCUGGACAUUUAUAAUAAAUAUAACAAACUGAGUCAGCAGGAAAGAAAAGGCUAUCCAUUGAUGAAUGUGAUAUCUGAUAACAAUUGGAGGACGUGUAGCUUGGUUUUGGCAAUUGCAGCUAUUCUUGAUCCACGGUUUAAAUUUGAUUUUGUGGAGUUCUCAUAUAACAAAAUCUAUGGCUAUGAUGCAGCCCGGAUUCACUUGGCAAUCAUUCGUAGCUCUCUCACUGAUAUUUUCAAUGAAUAUGCAAGUAAUAUGUACAGUGGGACAUCUGUCUUCGACGAUACUAAUUCCUUGGCAUUGCUGAAUGGUGAAGAAAGUACAAUGAAAUCUUUCAAUAGGUGGAAAAAUUCUAAAAGGAAUGUUAACACCGAGGCUUCAUGGAACUCAGAAUUUGAUAGGUAUGAUCAGGAACCAGAACCUGUAAUUCCUAUGGAAAUGGAGUUUAACGUACUUGUUUGGUGGGGUGAACAUGCUUCAAGGUUUCCUUUUCUUGGAAGGAUGGCUCGUGAUAUCUUAGCAAUACCUAUGUCAUCGAUCGUAUCGGUCUGCUUUGAAGGAAAAAGUUUGAUGGACAAUUCCAAUAUUCAGUAACUUA